AUCGAUCUGCAAAUUCUUUCUCCAGGGCAACUGCAAGAACGGUAGUACCUGCAGAUUCCGCCACCAAGGGCGAGAGCGGCCGUUGGCCACAGCCUAUGCGAGCGACAAGUUACCGACCAGACCCUGGUCCCCCCAAAUAUACUGUCCUCGACCUGGCUAAAGUCAGCUUCGAGGAUGGACUCAUCGUUAAUGACUUGUUAGUGAGUGACUCUAAUAACACUAAAGUGCGAGUGCAGGAUGUCGCCACUUCCCUCGAGGUGACAAGGUAUCAGCCCAGUCACAAUGUCUGGAUGCACUUUACAAAGCAAGAGGAUGCUGAUGCGGCGAUGAGCUUCUUACAGCGCGCUAACGUAAACGGGAGUCUGCUGUCUUGUACUAUCAAAGCACCGGAUAAAGCAGGUGCAUGGUCCGUGCAGAUUGCGAAUAUCACCCAAGAAGUAACCGACAAACAGCUCAAGGCGCUCUUCCCUCCCAACACGGUAAAGCCAGCGAAGAUUGUGCACGGCAAAGCUCUGUACGAGGAAGUCUCUUCACCAGUGGCGACAAUCACUAAGCGCAUCGAGCAAGAGACUCGUCGAAAGAUAAGGUGUGAUGAGACUGUGCCGUUGAAGAAGAACAUUAAGGGCCGUGCAGUCUUCACGUUCGAAGGCUCGCCUAAUCUGGGAUCGUUGGCUCGGAAGCUUGAGAGGGAACAGAUUCCAAAGUUCGGGCAAACCAAGAUCUUCGUGACCGAGCGUGUACGGGUUGUCGUCCUUCUUGACCGCCACAGCUACAAACCAGGCCAACUCAAAGCAAUGGCUCGAGAGAAGUACGACAAUGAUCACGUCAAAAUUCACAUUGACGAUGCAAGCAUGAUCGAUGGCCUCAAACCAGUUCGCAUCACUAUCGGACCGUCCCCAACAGAAGUGGUAAUGGAGGCCAAGGCUGUCAUUACCGUCUGCGCUAACGCUCCUGCCAUGUCGCGGACAUUGACAGAGGUUGCACCGAAGCCAGCACCAUCACACCGUAUUCGCCUCACGAAGACGAGCAAUUACCGCCAUGUUACCACAGAAGGUCUUGCAGUGGCCGAACGCGCUGUUGGCCCAGGAAAGGUCAGGCUUAACGAGGAGUCAAAUCCGCCAGCUAUUGAGGUGCAGGGAGGCGUUGCAACGCUACGAAAAGUUCAGGUGGCGCUCUUUCCAAACAAUGACAAGUACGCCAAACAAUUAGAAGAAUUGGCUUGCACUAUUUGCUGUACCAACGACCAGGAGCACGUGCAGCUUCCAUCAUGUGAUCAUGUUUGCUGCACAGACUGUUUCUCCGGCUAUUGUCGCAACGAGAAUGGCCUGCGCCUGCCUCUUACUUGCUUCCAGCUGGGCUGCAACACAUUGAUUCCGGUACGCCUCCUACGCUCUGCGCUCAGCGAAGACGCUUUUCAGCAGCUGGCCAAACAUGCAGUGAAAGAGUACGUGGCCAAGCACCCCGGCCAACACGCGCAGUGUCCAGGUCCAGAUUGCGACAUGGUUUUCCGUGUCGGCGCAGUUGUUGAGCGACACAUCUGCCCGCGCUGCUUCACCGUCAGCUGCACCAAUUGCAAAGCUGAGAUGCACGAUGGAGAGACUUGUGCCGAAUGCAAGUACCGCGAGGAAGGCCACAUGCGUGCGCUCGAGGAGUAUCUCCGGCAAGGCAACGCGAAGCGAUGCAAGCGCUGCGACACCAUCAUCCAGAAGAACCUAGGUUGCAACCACAUGACGUGCGCAGGCUGCAAGUCUCACAUGUGUUGGCUUUGCAUGCAGAUAUUUGGUGAUGCCGACGCGGUCUACAAUCACCUCUACGAGAAGCACGGCGGGUAUGGAGAUGGCGAGGCGGAGGAGCAGGCCGAUGAGAUUGAUAGGGUUCAUGCAGAGUUGGAAGGCCUUCGCAGGCGCGUGGAUGAUCCGGUUGACCGGGCGGUGGCGAGACGUGUUGUCGAGCAGAGGCUUCAUGAUCUUGCGGUUCGUGUGGUGGAGGAGAACGAAGAGUUGGGGUUUUGAAGCAAGUUGUGAGGACCAGUUGCUUAGCACCAGUGACAAGCCCGACGACGAGUCUGUUAUCUAUUAUCAUCCGCGAUGGAAGGUCAGGCCGCGUCGUUGCAG